AUGGAUCAGCAGGACCUAGCUGGAAGACUCGCUACGCUGGCCUUAAGAGCUCAUUCCGCGUCCCGUUCAGAUUGCUUGAGGCUCGGCGCGGUGCUCGCGAACACGCUCGGCGAAUUGGCGCGCACCGCUGCUACUAGAGAGAUGUACCCUUCUGCUUCAUCGAGCGAAACGAAAAAGAGGAAACUCUCAAAGAGCCAAAAGAUGCAAAUAAAAGCCAAACAGAGGACUGCUCUCGCUGUUAAGAAGAAGGCGGCGGCUGUUGCUGCUGCGGCUGCUGCUAAAACGACGUCAUAA